ACGUGCUUGUCCUUACAUAUUCUUCCCAGAUCAUCGAUUCAAUUCCGAGUCUACCAAACCCAUGUGCUUUACAGCUUGUACUCACUAGCUCAUCCCAGUUGUGUUUCUAGUUUCUACCAGGCCAAUUAUUUUCCUGUCCUCUAGUUUGUAAAUACAUGAUAUGUGCAUGUUUCUGAACAUCUACCAUAUCUUCCAGUACAGCUCGGUUUAAUAUAAACCUUGACAACUUGAGGUGGAUUAUUACAAAACCAUCAUUUACACUGCUACUACUUUCCCUCGACGAUUGUGUAAUUCACAAUAAUCUUUGGUUUUUGUGCGGUGAAAGUUGAUACAUAAACUUCCCUACCAAAUCACACAUCGUUGGUACAUAUACAACGACCGACCGUUAAAUGAACCGUCUUGCAGCACUACUCCGACGCAAUGUCGCAAUUUGCGGUCCAUCAAUACGAUCUUCUGAACUUCUGAACUCCAACUCCAAAUGGGAUCAAAUAGGAAAAUCCUUUUAUAGUGCAGAGUUUGGACCACGCUCAAAGCCUAGACGAUUUGGGAUUGACCCAAACCGAGAUCACAGUAAAUUGAACCCUCAUGAGCCUCCCGUGUUUUUGAAACCUGGGGAAACGCCCGACGACUUUGAAGUUGUUUGCUACAAACUUCACUUCAUUCGUAUCAACAAUCUUGGUUACAGACUGAAAUUGGCGGCACUCUACUCUCAAGCCACGAUAGGACCAAAUACGAACCCGGAUCCCCCCAAAGAUGACCAUUACGAACACAGUUAUUGGACCGCAUGGAAGCAACUCGGGAACAUGAGCAAAGAUGAAGCCCGAAAAGAAUACAUUCAAACUGGCAAAAUGCGGAUGGAAAAGAAAGAUCCUGACAUUGUCAUCAAUCUCUAAAAAACACACUUGAAAAGAUUAAUCCAAAUUUCUAGUCGAACAUUAUCAAAUUUGCAAAUAUGUCAAUCCUAAAAUAGACUGUAUAAUCUUUCCUUCUAAUAAUAGCAAAAUAUAAGAGUUUGCAAUUUAAAUUUCCAUUGCCAUGCGUAAGCCAAGGUAUGCAAUCAGCUCGUGGUCACACAAAGUUGACUUUAUCAUUGAUUGAUUGAAAAUUUCGCAUGACGUUGACUUUGUGUAAAAUCCGUUUAGCAAUAAUGUAAAUUAACAAAAAAUAUAGAUAUAUUUAUUUCCAGGAUUAUUUACGUGCAUGGGAUUAUCAUUUGUGACGCAUUACGGUGAAUUUUUGAUGCAACUGAACUCAAGCGACAUUUACCUUACACGUUAACUUAGGAGUUUAUAAACCAUAUAAAAGAAGCAGAAUUUGGACAAUAAUUCAGUAUCAACAUUGACAUCAUAACAUUGCAAACCUGCUCCCAAAGUGAUUUGUAACUUACGGUAGAUAUUUACUUGCCAAUAAACCAUAUUCCAAAAUAGACAUCA